CGAUAAAGUGGAUUGCAUCCAUGUUGGAGGAUUAAAGGAGGGGUAUCUUUGCAAAGUUUGUAAGUCAAAAGGGGAGGCAAAAAAAAAAAAAAAGAUAUAUCCUGAAAGGGACGUUAAGUUCGCCGCUUUCCCCCGCGAGAAGGCCAACCAAGCUGAAGUGACUAACUUUCCCCAUUCGUCAAAUGAUACAUUAUUCGAAAGGGAGAAACGUCACGUAAAAAAGAGGACAUCCUACAGCGUGUCGCACUGGUAUCUGCCCCUUGUUUGGCAGUACAUAACCGCAAAGGGGUUGUACCGCAUACGUGUAUGUAACGUUUGCUCACAUUUUGACCGUUUGAGUAAACUCCAUUUGGAGAAAGCUGAACUACAUUUGUGCGAAAAGCACAGGUGCGGCAUAUCCCCUGAGCGGGAGGUGAGACUGCAUAGGGAGAUUCUUUUUUUUUCCUUUUUUUCGCGAGCAAUGCCCGAAUGAACAAACAAAAUGGUUUUAAUCAAAGCGAAGAAUAACGAAGGGAAAACGGUGGGCGAAGGGAAGUUCAGCCCCUUCUGCUUUGUCCUGUACGGGGACAUCCAAUAUGGGAUGAUCAGGGCAAAUCACGGAUGGUAUGAAGAGCGAAAAUUACUGAAAGAGGCGAUCACCAAAACGAACAAAAUAAAGCCAUCCUUUGUCGUAGCAAUGGGAGACUUGGCCAAUAAAUUCCCCAUUGACGAAUUACAAAAUGAGCAAUAUAAAGAUUUAAAAACAGAUUUCGAACAAUUGGAUAAGUCCAUCGAUUUGUACGUUUUUUGUGGAAAUCAUGACGUUGGAAAUGAACCAACACACGAGACAAUCAGCAACUUUGAGCAUUUCUGGGGAGACUCCUACUACAGUUAUAUUUACAACAAUUGUGGAUUUAUCAUUUUAAAUUCGGCAGUCUUUUUUAACGAUACACAAGUGCAAGAUUUGAAAGAGAAACAAUUUUUAUGGCUGGAUGAAACUUUAAAAAAAAUGGUUUCCAAAAAUGUGAAGCAUAAAUUUUUAUUUUUACAUCAUGCGCUUAUGUAUGACCAUAUUGAAGAAGACGAAAAUAUUGGCCUCAUAUAUGGCGAUAAAUUUCGUAACUAUUCUGAAAAAAAUAAAUUUCACAUAAAGAAGGAAACCAGAAUGGUCAUUUACGACAUGUUAAAAAAAUACAAAGUUAGUCACGUGUUUUGUGCUCAUUUGCAUGCCAAUAGGGAGAAGAAUAUCGAUGCAAAUAUAAAACAAAUAACAAUUUCCGCCGUGGGGAUGCAGGCGGCAAGUGAUCAAUCUGGUCUGAUGAUUGUGCAGGUAGCUGAAGAGGGCGUGGAUUAUAAGUACUACCCGUUUGAGUUCGUGCCCAGUUUUGUAAAGGUUUAA